AUGAACUACGAAGAGGACAUCGAUAUCACCAACGAGGUCGACUUGGUCGUCAGCGCCUACCCCGUCCAGGACGAUGAUCUCGAUGAGGAGCUCUUGGCCGCUGACCAGAGCACACAGCAGUACCAGGAGGUUCAGAUCCCCGAGGUGGUCAAGAAGUUCAUCAUGCUCUUCCACCGCAGCGUUCUCGAGAACAACGUCUACGAGUUGCAGUCGAUCUAUGAGCACUCGUUCAACAAGUUGACUGAGAAGUUCUACGCCAACGAGUCGUGGCCCGAGCCCGAGGGCAUCUCGUCCUUGGUCAACGAUGAUCAGGUCUUCUUGACCUUGUACCGCGAGUUGUACUACCGCCACAUCUACUCUCGCUUGACCCCCACCAUCGAGCACCGUUUCCACUCGUACGAGAACUACUGCGAUCUGUUCAACUACAUCUUGAACUCGGAGGGUCCCGUUGCUUUGGAGCUUCCUAACCAGUGGUUGUGGGAUAUCAUUGACGAGUUCAUCUACCAGUUCCAGUCGUUCUGCAACUACCGCAACAGGAUCAAGAACAAGACCAAGGAGGAGCUCGCUUUGCUUCGCGACAACUCUCAGAUCUGGAGCUGCUACAGUGUUCUCAACGUUCUUUACUCUUUGAUCCAAAAGUCCCGCAUCACCGAGCAGCUCUUGGUCUCGAAGAACGGAGGCGAUAUGGUUGAGGCUGCUGGCGAGUACGGAUCCCGCCCUCUGUACAAGAUGUUGGGUUACUUCAGCAUUGUUGGUUUGCUCCGCGUCCACUGCUUGUUGGGCGAUUUCACCUUGGCGCUCAAGAUGAUGGACAACAUUGAGUUGAACAAGAAGCAGGCCCUCUUUGCCCGUGUCACCGCUUGCCACGUCACUACCUACUACUACGUCGGAUUCGCCUACAUGAUGAUGCGCCGUUACGCUGAUGCCAUCAAGGCCUUCUCCCACAUCUUGACCUUCAUCAACCGCACCAAGCAGUACCACACCCGCUCGUACCAGCAUGACCAGAUUAACAAGAAGGGCGAUCAGAUGUACGCUCUCUUGGCCAUCUGCGUCACCUUGUGCCCCACCCGCUUGGACGAGAACAUUCACAGCCAGAUGCGGGAAAAGUACGCCGAGCAGUCGAACAAGCUGACCAAGCCCGAUGAGGCUCUCCCGGUCUUUGAGGAGCUCUUCCUCUUUGCCUGCCCCAAGUUCAUUUCGCCUAACGGACCCAACCUGGAGGAUCCCGAGGUUGUUGAGCAGGGUGUUUCCUUCGAGCCCGUUCAGCACUAUACCAAGAUCUUUAUGGCCGAGGUCCAUCACUCGAUCUUGCUGCCUACUCUUCGUUCGUACUUGAAGCUGUACACGACAAUGGGUAACGCCAAGUUGGCCUCGUUCCUCGAGAUUGAGCCCGAGCAGUUGCGCACGUUGUUGAUGAUGGCCAAGAUGAGGAGCCGUCAGAUCAAGUGGGUCGAGGGCACUCUCCUCGAGGGCGAGUACCAGGGCACCUCGGAUUUGGAUUUCUGCUUGAAGCAGGAUAUGAUCCAUGUCUCGGAGGCCAAGAUCGGACGCCGCUAUGGAGACUGGUUCUUGCGCAACAUUAACAAGUUCCAGGAUAUCCUCGGAGGUCUUGAGCUCAGCAGCCGGGCCUAG